UUACAUCCUUCUUGGGGUAUAAAUUCAGAGCCUCCAGCACAGCCAGAGCCUAAGUCUCAGCUGGAAGUCAGAGUCUGCAGUUUACAGGGCUCUGCAAAGGACUUCCUCUCCAUGCAGACCUCUCUGGAGAGAUCUGAAGACAGGAGCUGACCUCAAGGACACAGGAUUAUUGCAGUAAGGGAAGGAGACUAUUGAGGUGUAGAAAACAACCCAGCCAUAGAGCUGCUAGCAUCUCACAGGCCGCGAAGAAAGGAACUGUCUUCACAGGGAAGAGCAACAAGGUUCUGCUGGAGAGAACAGUGAUGGAGUCAGCAGACUCCACAUCUGAUGAGCCCUUUAUCGAAGGACAAAGGGGGCAGGAUCUCCAAGAGAUGCUGAGAGAAGUAGGACUGGCAGUUGAGUACUAGUUGCCAAAGCUGAAGGAAUAUCUAGGUGUGACCACUGCACAGGCCUUACAGCACUUAGAAGAAGAAGACCUCCAGAAGCUGAAAUCCCAGGCACAACAUCCCUGGGAGAAAAGGGCUCUGGAGAAGCUACUUAACUCAAAUAGCCUUUCAAAGUUACAGGAGUCUCAGGUGAAAAUGAGAAAGGAAGAACAAAAGAAGGCCGAACAGGCACUGCAGGGGCUAAGAGACUUGCUAUCAGAAGGGAGGCAACGACAAGAAGAGGCAGUGAGGAAAAAGGAGGCAGAGCUGAUGCAGGCAAUGGAGAUUCCCAAAGAGUACUGGCCACCUCCUGAAAAAUCCUUAAGAGAAGUGAUGGAACACAUGCAGGAACAACUCAACCUCAUGGAGGGCACACUGUCUCACAGGCAAAACCUCCCAGACAGAGAUCUCGUGAGAUGGGCAUCAGGAGGGCUGGCCCUGCAGGGAAUUUACAAAGUCAGCUCCCACAGCAGCCUUCUAGAGAAGAGAGAGGAGCUACUCAGUGUCCCCAAAGAGUUCUUACUCCUUGGCCCUGAGCACAGCAUUCGGAUGGAAACCAGAGAUUUUGCAUCUUCUCAAGAAGAAUCCAAGUUCACCCAGAUGACAGAGAAGCUGGGCUUCAGUGUAAUUGCCUCAGCCAAGGGCGGAGGUUGGGGAUUUAGCAUGGAAGCUGGUAUGGACCACAGUAAACAUUCAGAAUCCAAGGAAACCCAACAAUCACGUUCUGAGCACUCAUAUUUCUGCUCCACCAAGUUCAGCUAUGUUCCACUUGCCUCCUGCCACUUUUCCAUGGAUCAGCUCCAGUUCUCCAAAGCUGCUCUCCAGGAACUGAAAUGCAUUGAAGACCUUCUGGGUCAGCCUGCGGGCCCAGACAGACUCCGCUUGAUGAGGAACAGGGUUGAAGCUUUCUUCCAUAGGUUUGGCUCUCAUGCCAACCAGGGCCCUCUGCACCUGGGAGGAAUCUACUGGUGGAAAGCCAUAUCAGAGGGUUUCCGAAGUGAGCAGCUGGCAGAAGUAAAACAGCAGUCAGCAGAGGCCCUGAAUGGUUACAUAAGGGGCAGCUACAGUGGCUUUGGAGUGAAGGUUGCUGCAGGUGUGGAUGCAUCAAACAAUCAUUCAGAAACUGCCAGCCAAAGAACAACCUUCCAAAAUCUCCAAACCAAAGUCGAAUUAUCUGUGGCCCAGACAGGUGGCCCACCAGAAGCAAAUGGCUUUCUCCAUUGGAAAGCUGGCCUAACUGCAAGUAAUCAAACCUGGAGUAUCAUCGACCGGGGACUUCAGCUGGUGCCCAUUUGGGACAUCAUCCUUUCCAACCACAGAAGUGAUUUUAAGGAUCCAUUUCAGGUAGCUAGCUUACUGAAAGAUACCUACACUGCUCUGUCUGGCAUCACUGCCCAGACCCAGGAUGGAGAAGAAUUACUGAGUGUUGUGAAGGAGGCUAGGGUUUUCCUAGAGGAUGUGAAAUCUUGGGAGGUAUCUGAUCCUGAAGAGCAGCUUCAAAAACUGAUAAAUUUCAUGCAAAAGUUGAGUCAAAAAAUGAAAAGUUAUGACACUUGGGUUAAUAUUUGCCUCAAAGAUAGGGGUCUGCAGAAUUUUCUGGUAAACACUGUAGACUUUUGCAAAAAGUCUUCCACCUAUGAAACUAAAUUUAUUAAAUCUCAGUUGCGCAGCCUUUUAGAUCCCCACAUCUACGGAGUGAAUAACUUUCCUCAGACUCAUUCCAUCAUGCAGUGGGUCUUUCAGCCAGAGUCAGAAGAGCAUGUCAACAUCUUCCAAUUUUCUGAAUUAAUUAAAAUCUUAAAGGAAACCAAGAAUGACCUCAUGGAAGCCAUGGCCAAACCUGAGUCUGCAGAAACAGUGGAAGAAGCUCAAAGAAAGGCCACUUAUGAGGUCAGUUCAUCUCUUGGCUCCUUCUUGAACUCCCUCCGAGAAACACAGCAGCCAGACACACAGCUCUUGCUACUGUGCAUUGCAGCCGGUGCAGGGUAUCAUGUGGAAAACAAUAAGUUUCAGUAUCUCCUGGGGUGUGAAGAGUUAGACUUCCUACUGCAAAAAAUGCAAACUGCCCAAGAUAAAUACCAGGAACUCAAAAAUAUUUGCAUGUACAGAGCUCAGGCAUUCCUGGUGCUCACAGGUCUGACAGCUACCGUUGGAGUCAUGGCUGUUCCUCCAAAAGAAAAAACACAACGCUUGGCAUUAAUAAGGCAUCUCAUGGGCCAAUCUUUGUCAAAUGAAGUUGUCAGUGUCCUCUCCAAACCUGGAGCAGAUCAGGAUUGGGAAAACCUAGAGAAAGACUUGGGAUUGCUCAUUGAAGGUAAUUAUGAAGCUACCAUCUCUUCAUUGCAAAUGGAUGAGAUAAGAAAAAACUUACAAAGUAUUUUCCAUGAAAAGAAACAAUCCCAUGAUCCAUAUGAUAAUGGAAAUAGCAAAUGGGAAGGCAUAGAGCAUACAGCUUUCCUGAACUUACUUCAGUGUCUAGACCUAGAACAUUACUAUCCCAAAAAAAUGAGCAGAGCUAUCUUCCAUCUGAUUAGCAACACUUCUGUAUACAACACUCAACCCAGCUCUGAAAGGGAGCUUCCCUUAUAUUUUCUUCAGAAGCUACAAGUGCUGGAUUAUGGGGUGAGAUACCUAGUCUUCAGAAAUGAAGACAACACACAGAAUCAAGUCUAUCCAAGUGCCACAAAUAACGACAAUGAGGCUUUUGAUCCAUAUGAAGACUUGUUUGAAGACAGUAAUACUCCCAUUAAUCCUUCAGAUACUAACCCUAGGCCCCAUAUUCACCCUAUGGAUAUUCAGAUGGCAAUUCUUCACUGUGCAGAUGAUUUUGCCAGACAGUAUAUUUUGUCCAAACUCUCCAUUUGCCAGUUUGCACUCCCUCUUCUCAUACCUAAUCCCUGCAAUUCUCAAAUUGAAUUCUCUCUCUGGUCUCUCAGUCAAAUUAGAAGGAGCUGGCAGGAAGCAAGGAAAUCACCAAGAGAGGAGAAGAUCAGUUACAAGAAUAUGCAGAUGUGUAGAGUCUCUACCCCCAUUGUGUCCUUUAUAAAAGUUGGAAAUGGCUUCUCUGCUUCCAAAUCUCAGAUCAUGAACUGUCUUCUCAGUAAACGUAAACAUGAUGUCUUUUUCCACCGCCAUUGCAGAGGGAGCACCAAAGACUGCCUCUUGAUGGGGGGAGUGGUGGAAAUCUGCUGGUUCUGUCCUGGCGGGGAAGAUGAGGACAGAUUUAACAACUGUGUGGCCUUCACCAAUCUUCAUGGAGAUGCAAAGGAACAUAAGAAGCAACUCACCUUCCUGCAAGAGGUCUCUUCUCUCAUUGUUGUCCUCAUGUCAACUUCUGAUGACAAUGAAGAAAACCGAAAAAUUGUUCGUGAUCUGAAUCAAUCACCUAGAACUUUGAUCUGGUUAGCUGACAACAAAGAGAAAAGCAUGGGCAAUAAUUCUAAACAAAAAGUGAUGAUUGGUCUCAGGAACAGAAAUGAAGCAGAAUUAACAGAGGAGCUUGUUACUACAAUCAGACGCUUGCUGGAGCUCUCGGACACUGCUCUCAGCUUAGAGGACUGUACCCCAAUGGCUCGCAAACAAGGAUUCCUUAUUGAUGAAGACCAGAGAGACUGCAAGGAAGCCAAAGAAAAUGCAGAGGUCCUAAUAGCUCUACUGAGAAAUAUGAAUAUUUCUCAGGUGAAGGAAAACUUAAUGCCCCUUCAGGGACACCUAUGGCAUCUUUGGUGUAGAAAGGACAAAGAACUCUAUCAUCUAAGUGAAAAGGGGAAUCGAAGCAUUGAACAACACAAGAGUGAGAUUGAGACAGAAAAGCAAAGAAUACGGAAUGAACAGUUGAAAAGAGCCUUUCCUCUCAAUGAAUUGAUGCAGUCUGUCCUUGAAAUUCUCCAAAAUCACUCAGAAACUCAAACCACACACUACUUUUUGCAAUGGCUGAGUGUGUUUUUGGACAACCUGACUGCAGAACACUUGGAAAAACUGAAUGAAAAGAAAAACAAUUUGUGGUCACUGAUACAAACAGAAAAGCAAAAGGCACCAAAGAGCACUGACCUACAACGCUGGCAAAAAGAGAUAGACGCUAUCUCCACAGAGAUUAGUGACUGUACAUUGGGAAUUGAGCAAGUUCUCAGAGAAGUUGGCCAGAUCUAUGAAGCUCUUGAAGAAGCUUCCCCCACUAAAAAUACCCUUUAUCUCUCCCUUCCCCAGAUUGCUGCAGAUCUGAUGAUAUCUGGUGUUCCCAUUGAGCUGAUGGAUGGGGAUGCUUCCUAUGUGCCUGUAAAGUGGGUGGCAGCUGUUUUUGACAAGGUCUCUGAGAAACUUGGCAACAAACGGCUGUUUGUUCUCUGCAUCCUUGGCCUACAGAGCUCAGGGAAGUCCACCCUGCUGAAUGCACUUUUUGGGCUGCAGUUCACUGUCAGUGCUGGCCGGUGUACCCGGGGGGCCUACAUGCAGCUCCUGAAAGUCGAGGACACUUUCACAGAGGAAAUGGGCUUUGACUUUGUGCUUGUUGUGGACACAGAAGGCCUUCGGGCCCCAGAACUCAGCAAUAAAUCCAACAAUCGUGAUAAUGAGUUGGCAACCUUUGUCAUUGGACUUGGAAACUUGACUCUGAUCAAUAUUUUUGGGGAAAAUCCAUCAGAAAUGCAAGACAUUCUACAAAUAGUUGUCCAAGCCUUUAUGAGGAUGAAACAAGUAAAAAUCUCCCCAAGUUGCGUUUUUGUCCAUCAGAAUGUGGGGGAAGUCACAGCUAAAGACCAAACAAUGGAAGGAAGGAGGCGAUUGGAGCAGAGACUAGAUGAAAUGGCGGCAACAGCAGCUGAGCAGGAACAGUACUCAGAUGUAACCCGCUUUGGUGAUAUUAUUAAAUUUGAUGUUAAUACUCAUGUCUACUACUUUGCUCACCUCUGGGAUGGCAAUCCCCCAAUGGCCCCUCCCAAUCCUCGCUACAGCCACAAUGUCCAGGAUCUGAAAAGGAGAAUUCUUAUGGCUGCCAAACAGGAGUGUAGGGGCAGCAUCAUGAAGAUAACAGAUGUGAAACUGCGAGUUCAAGAUUUGUGGAGAGCCCUAUUGAAUGAGAACUUUAUUUUCAGUUUCAGGAACACCCGAGAGGUCGUGGCCAUGACCAAAUUGGAAACUAUGUAUAACUAUUGGACCUGGGAAUUGAGGAGUCAUGUGCUAGCUUUGCAGAACCAGCACAUCAAGCAGAUUAAGAAUGGCAAAAUCCAGGAACUGACAAUGAGCACACUUGAGGCUCAGGUUACGGAAAAAUAUAAAGCCAUCAAGCAAGAGCUUGAAAAAUAUUUUAAUGAAGAUCCAGAGAGUGAAAUAAUGAUUCAGUGGAAAGCAAGUUUUGAAAAUAAACUAACACACCUUAAAGAGGCACUUAUUUUUGAGAGCAAAAAUAAAGCCGAGGGACAUAUCAGUUAUAAAAAAAAUCAAGAAAUACUGGAUAACCAAAAGUCAAGUUAUGAAAAGGAACUAUUGCAAAGAAGUCGAGAAUUGGCUUUAACUGUAAAGGAUAAAAAAUUGAGUGAUGAAAAGCUGAAUAUCAAAUUCAAUCAACUUUGGGGAAAAUGGGUCUAUGCUGUGUCCUCAACUCUCCCUCCAGUCACAGAGCCUAACAUUGAUGUGGAUUCUGAAAACAUUCUUUUGGACUAUUUUAAAAAGGAGACAGAUGUGGUUAAUAGAGUGAAGGAAAAGUCUAAAAAGAAGUUUGAAAUCAAUUACAAAAUACAUAUCAAAGUGAACAAACGGUUUUAUGAAAUUCUAAAGAACUUAGAAGUACGUGAUAAAGAGUCCAUAGAGAGAACUACUGACUGUAUUAUUUCAAGAUUUACUGAAAAAAUUAAAAAUUUAAAGGGGCAACAAUGUGAUUACAAUCCAAGUUAUUUCCAUCAAAUACUGAGAAUAAUAGAAGAGGGGGUGAAAUCUGCACCCACUGAAGACAGAUACACAUUUACAAGUAAGUACAAAAUUGACUUAUCUUUGUGUUUAUUCCAAAGAGCAUCUGAGAGUUUUAAGGAGAUGCAUAGGAUAUUCAAAAGAGCAAAUGAUCCUGUAAAUUAUUUGGAAAGCAAGAAAGAUGAUUUCUUCAUGAGUUUUAAGAUCUCUUGUCAAGGAGCAACCUCAGUCACAGAAUUUGUUGAUUUUCUAUGGCACAAACUCACUCCUGCCGUCUCCGACACGCUUUGGGAAAAAAUGGCCCUUAAAAUUGCUGGGGACAUGCGAGCUACCUGCCCAGAAUUCAAUGGAAACAGGGCAAACCUGGAGAAACACGUUCUUAUCUCCCUGGCAGAAAACGAAAAUUUUGAUGAUUACUGGGAGUACAUUCAUAAUCCCGAAUCAUUUUUUAAGAAAUAUAUUCAAAGACAUAUUGAAAGAUAUUUUUCAGAACAAAGAAGUAAUAAAAUAAAGAAUUUUUUAAAACUAAGUGUAGUUGACAUGAAGAAUGCCAUCCUCUCAGCUAUUCAUAAAUCCACAGCAAUAGCUAAAGAUAAAAGCAGCACUGCCUCUGAGUGGUUGGAUUUGUUCUGUGACGACUUGGGCAGUAACUUGAACUUUCCACGAAAAGAUCUGGUAAGCAUUGAACACCAGGAGAUAAAAGAUAUUGAGUUUCUCAAAGAAGCCAUGAGUGAAGCUUUGGAUCCUGCAAUGAUCAGAGUAGAACAGGAGUGUUUGAGUAAGCCUGAAGAAGGAAUGGUUUCUGACAUUCUGAAAAUGCUUUCUGAACAUCUCUGUGGCUGCUGGAAACAGUGUCCCUUCUGUGGAGCAAUUUGUACAAACACAAUCCCUAACCAUGACGGAGACCACAGUGUUCCUUUCCACCGUCCUGAGGCUAUCAGAGGAUGGAAAUGGAUUAACACAGACCACUUUUCCAUUGAGUUCUGUACUAGCUCGGUAGCAAGUGAUUGUAAUUUUAUUUUGAAUGAUGGUCGUGAAUUCCCAUAUAAGACCUAUCGACAGGCAGGAGGGGAAUAUGCCACAUGGAGCAUCACCCCAGACACAUCCUCCCAGCCAUACUGGAAAUGGUUUGUUUGUCACUUCAGAUCAAACCUAGAAGAAAAAUACCAGCAAAAAUUUAUAGGUAGAGGUAAAAUCCCUCACGCAUGGACCAACAUCACAAAGCAAAAUGUGCUUGAUGACUUGAAAAAGCAAUAAUACGCAAUGCUCACAAAAGAAUGCCAGAAUCUGAACAAGAGUCACAGUACCAGAACAAUCCAAAAACACCUCCUCCUCACAAUUAUUUCUAUUUUUUUCAAAUGAAAUGGCUAAAUAUAAAUCAAUUAACAUUUCAAAAGUUAAAUAUUUCCUGUUGAAAGGACUUCCUGUUUCUUCAUCUUAAUUCUUUCUGGUUGAAAAACAAAUUGCUAAAAUAUAUUAACAUAUUCAAUACAAUGAAAUUUAGUAAUAUCUAUUUAAAAUUCCUACUUCAUAAUUUAAGCUAUUAUUCAGAAUGCUUUUUAUUUCAAAAUAUAUAAUAUUAUAUGCAAUCCCAGAGAAAGUUGUUUUUGUGAAGGAAAAUCAAAAUUAUUAUAGACAGCUAGAUUAACUAUAAUAUAUGAACAUUUCAAAUGAAUGUACAGUUCUUGGAUGAAUGCUAUAAACUGCCUCUGAAAUCUUGAGAAAAAUUUAACCCUUGAAUGGAAACAUAUUAAUGGAAAGAUGAUUCCCAAGCAUAGUGAUAUUUAGACAUGUUCUGUUCUGGGAAAUAGUAAUACAGACUUGACAGAGCCUGUAUCAAUUAAGGAAACAUUAUAAGCAAAUAUAGAAAAUUUAGAAAUUGAAUUAUUAUUUUUCCCAUGUAACUAACACCCUCAUCUUCUCUGUCCCCUUGGCAGUUCCCUGUGCCACGCUUAAAUAAAAAUAAAAAAUAAAGGUUCAUAAGAGCUUAGGUAUUCAAAGCCUGGUAUUUGUAAAAGCUUAAGAACUGGCUUUUGGAACAAGGUUUAUGAGCUAGUGAGAAGGGCCACUUUAAUCAAGGCUGUCGACAGGGUCAGAUUUCAUUAUGCCAUUAAUAAGUUUUAAAACUAUUCCUUUAAGAA